AGGACAGAUUGAAAUGGGGAGGAGUCUGACACACUGAGUUCAGCUCAGGACACACUGAAGGACAAACAAGCAAAGAAAGGAGGAUUCGGCAGAAAAAAUAAGAGGAUAAUAAAACGUACUGAAUAUUGCCUGCGUGAGGAACAAUGUCUGUGUCUCCAGCUGCUCUGGCUGCUCGCAAGGUGUUGGCUGCUGCGUCAAGCCAUGAGGGAAAAGCAAAGACCUGGAAGAUCCUGACCUUCAUUCUGGCCAUACCGGGUGUUAGUGUCUGCUGGCUCAACGCUCACAUGAAGGGCCAGGCACAUCCGCACGUACAGCCAGAAUUUGUGCCAUAUUCUCACUUGCGUAUGCGCACCAAGAAAUUUCCCUGGGGCGAUGGAAACCACUCUCUGUUCCACAACCCUCACACCAAUGCCCUGCCCGGUGGCUACGAGGAAACCGAUCACUGAGGGGAUCGGUCACAUUUCUCAGCUGCGUCCUGCGGCAUGCUUGAAAAAACUUCAGUCUGCAGUGUACUUGGCUUAAUUAUACAGACACAGGGGCCAAGCAGUACCGCCAUCAAGUGGUGCACCCAGACAGGAAUAAAAUCACUUUGUGCUGUA